AUGGAAUCUUCAGAUGUUAGGCUCAUUUCAGAAGAGACAAUCAAUAAACUGUUGACUGUUUAUACUAAUAAUAAAUGGCACAGUCUUCCCGACACGUUAUCCUCAAGCCUUCCCCCCGCUAAACGCUCAACCCUUCUAACGGGUCUUAGCGGCCUUAGCGUGGAGAAGAUCGGAAAGAUCGGCAGGGAAUUGAUGUACAGUAUUUCUAAAAAGUAUGUUUUACUAGUGUGUAAAACUGAUUUUGAACAAAAAUGGUUACAUAUGACUGCGGACGAUCCGUUUGGUCAAAAAUCCCCCAAAUCGUCGAAGACGGCAACCUUUGCAGAUAAGGUAGACUCCGUAGCAGUUCUGAUUCACAAUAAUUGUGUGUUUAACUGGACCAUGUUUAAUCGACUGCUGAACCUAGCCAAGUCCGAUAAACUCAGAGUCAAGGCGAAGUGUACAGACCUGAUGUACUCGUCGUUCAUGGAGGUGCUGCCGCUCCGGAAGUUGAAAUACAUCGACGACCAGGAUGUGCGGGUUUUAGAGUACCUAUCCUCUAGCGACCGUAAAGAGGGCGCCGGAAAGGACACCAAGGGCUGGGAUACGUUGGAGUUUGACGCGCUGACCCUGCUACUGGCCAUUACAUUCGAGGACUACCUCAAGGGGAUAUACUCGUCGUUCAUACACGAGCUCGCGGACAUGAUGAACAGGGGCGUCGACUUUCUGCAAAAAAGCUCCUCAAACCUGGUGCUCCAGAUGCUAAUUCAGAAGCCGGAGCAGGAGGACCUGCUUCUGGACCUGAUCGUCAACAGGCUGACGCACAAGAACAACAAGAUGUCCUCUUACGUGUUUAAGAUGCUGGACACGCUGCUACUCAACCACCCGAACAUGAAGACGGUCGUCGUUAAGAAGAUAGUCACCCAGUUGGACAGUUCAGUGGGCAGCAUUGAGUCGCUGAUAAACGGUUUUGUCGAGGACAAUGCCAAGGACAAGUCCACCGGCAGUUCCGAAUUGGUGCCGAUCCUUAAGAACAUUUACCGCUUCAUCCUGUACAUCUCUAAGCUCCAGUACACCAAGGCUGAUGCGGAGCUGGUGUCCACGAUGAUGAAUAACAACGUGAAUCUGUUGUUAUUGUUCACGGGACGGGCUCCAAAGAUGGCGAAUGGAGCUGGCGCCAGUGUCAAGGGGUCGUCAAACACUAAUGCAACAGUAACUUCAAACAGAGCAGUCUUCGUAGCUGGUCUGUACAGGCUGGAUGAGUGCAACAGGGUCAUUAAGGUCCUGCUGUUGUUUACCAACAAGCUGCUCAACCACUACAAGAAGGUGAACCUCUACGAGGAAAAGAGAAACUUGCUAAUCAGUAAUGGAAUUGACAAGAAUCUGUACCAUUUGUCACGUGAGACGAGGUCGUCGUCAAUAACGAUUUUGUUGUUACUGCUACUACACAACAUUGACCCAGUUAACAAUUCUUAUAUUAACGUCUUAUAUGAAAACGUAUUUAACACUAAAUUGUACGAGUCUUCGAAUAUUUUGAAAUUUCUCAACCUCGUGGAGCAAAUACUAGACACGAAUAAGGAUUUCACAAGGAAUUUAAUAAGGAAGUUGCUUCAAAUGGGACUGUGUAACUACAAUAACUCAAUUAACUGUGCAAUCAUUGAUUUGAUUCAAAAGUACAUCAAUGAGGGCAAUUUGUGGGAGCUUUACCUGUACAACUCGACGUACAACCCACACGUAGUCAAGAGCAUAAGCAACGUCAACGCGAGAUCUAACAUCACUGGCCUCUACGACGAACUAAACGUCUUCAGCAACUGCUCAAGGGUGGACUACACGUUUGCGAAAUAUUGGGAAAACAACAAGCAGCCUGAGCUGCACCAAAGACCCUUCGAACUGUACUACAGGGCCAGGUCGAGCAUCCUGAGUUCGGAGGCGCGCCCGAACGACGCGUCAGGCACACUCGCCAGCGGCACUGCCGCUGGAAAGGCGCGUGAGCAGGCGGCCAAGAGAAGGUUGGACGGUGAGGCCAGGGGAGCCAAGGACGUUAAGGAGACCAGGAAGGGCACUGUUGCCAUGAGCAGCGGCAUUAGGUCGAGGACCGACAGGGGCGCUGGCCUCGCCAAGGCCCCCAAAACUGGGACCAGGAACGGCGCCGAUGCCGGCAGCCUUGUGGGCAAGGCCACUGCCGCCGGCGCUGCGGCGUCCAGGGGCAGGAAGAAGCGCAGGGUCGCCGGCAAGUCCCAGGCGGCCCCCGGGGCCGACCUCGGUGAGGACGACUCUGACAUCGAGAUUGACGAGCCCGAGGACGACGACCUCGACGAGAGCUCCGUGGAGCCCACUGACGACGACGACUCGAGCUACCGCGACUCGUCCGACUCCAGCGACUUCGAGGGGGCUGACUCCAGCGACGACGACUAG